AUGGGUAAGGUCGCUACCGUCCUCUCGGCGGCUCUGCUGCUUGCCGGCAACGCCGCUGCUCUUGACCCCAUCGUCAUGAAGGGUACCAAGUUCUUCUACGAGAACGGCACCCAGUUCUUCAUGAAGGGUAUUGCCUACCAGCAGGAUACUGCCGCCGCCGGCGGUGAAUCCAAGACCGGCGAGUACAAGGACCCUCUCGCCGACGAGACUGCCUGCAAGCGCGAUGUCCCCAUCCUCGCCAAGGCCGGCACCAACACCAUUCGUACCUACGCCAUCGACCCCAAGAACAACCACGACGCCUGCAUGAAGCUCCUGAGCGACGCCGGCAUCUACGUCGUUUCCGAUCUGGGCGAGCCCAAGCUGUCCAUCAACCGUGAUAACGCCCAGUGGAACAUCGCCCUUUACGAGCGUUACACCGCCGUCAUCGACGCCCUCGCCAAGUACGACAAUACGAUCGGUUUCUUCGCCGGUAACGAGGUGUCCAACAACAAGACCAACACGGAGGCCUCGGCCUUCGUCAAGGCCGCCGUCCGCGACUCCAAGAAGCACAUCAAGGACAAGGGCUACCGCUGGAUGGGUGUUGGCUACGCUGCCAACGACGAUGCCGACAUCCGCACCAACUCGGCCCACUACUUCAACUGUGGUCCCGAGGAGACCGCCAUCGACUUCUGGGGUUACAACAUCUACUCGUGGUGUGGCAAGAACACCCUGGCCGGCGCCGGUUACACCACCCAGAUCGACUUCUUCAAGAACUACUCUGUCCCCGUCUUCUUCGCUGAGUACGGCUGCAACAUCCCCGACGGCGCCGAUGGCCGUAUCUUCCAGGAGACCACUGCUCUGUACGAGAAGGAGAUGACCGAAGUCUUCUCUGGUGGUAUCGUCUACAUGUUCCACCAGGAGGCCAACGACUACGGUCUCGUCGAGGUCAAGAACGGUCAGGCCAAGACCAUGAAGAACUACGACCAGCUUGCCUCCCGCGUUCUGGCUGCUACCCCCUCCGCCGUCCAGAUGGACUCGUACCAGCCCACCAACGAGGCCGCCGAGUGCCCCGGUGUCGCCUCCAACUGGGAGGUCCACGGCUCCGCUCUCCCCCCCACCCCCGACAGCUCUCUCUGCGAGUGCAUGGUCAAGAGCCUUUCUUGCACCCCCAAGUCCGGCCUGAAGGCUUCUGCUAUUGGCGAGAUCUUCGGCUUCAUCUGCGGUGCCGACCCCGCCUCUUGCAACGGCAUCAACACCAACACCACCACCGGUGUCUACGGUGCCUACUCCAUGUGCUCUGACGAGCAGAAGCUCGCCUUUGUCAUGGACUCGUACUACAAGGCCCAGAGAUCCGCCAGCACCGCCUGUGACCACGACGGCCAGGCUGAGGUUGUCUCCCCCUCCUCCGACAGCUCUUGCUCCUCCGCCCUUGCCUCCGCCAGCGCCGCCAACAGCGCUGCCGCUACCGCCACUGCCCCCGUCUCUUCCACCGCCAACCCCAGCUCCAGCGCUUCCGGCAACGCUGCUGCCGGUAACCCCUACCAGCCCAUCUUCAACUUUGGCGGUUUCGCUGUCGGCGCCUACCUGGUCGCCGCUGGUGCCGUCGGCGCUGCUAUGGUUGCCUUGUAG